AUGUUAUUUCAGCCCCUUUCGGGGUUAAGGCCUUGUAGGUGCUAAGUAGGUACAGGUCCCCCACGUGGGCUGAGAUUGCUCGCUAUACUGCUCUGGGGCGGUAUCAUAACUAAUGUUGUGCCCCGGGCGGUGCCAAUUGCGGUAAGACGUUCAUCUCGUAGUUAAUAGUGAUCGUUCGUCUGCGGAAAUUUCCAUUUUUGGCCACGGCGCGAGCGAAGAUCGAUUAGUGGCUCUCCAACCUAUAUUGUUUUAUUACUCACCGAAUAAACUAAAGUUAUACCCACGAGUUCUUAGAAGUUUUCCACUUUCUCAAUAUUUUCUUUCAUCCGAUAAUUUUAUUAGUUACGCACGUAAUAACUAUUUACUGUUUUAGAUUAAAGUAUGAAAUUGCAUGUUCCAUUCGACUUGUAAAGAGUGUACAACAUGGUUAUUUAAAUAUCAAUAAAUAAGAUCGAUUUCAAUAUAAAAGCAUUCGUUACGAUGAAUAUGACUUCUAAAUCGAACAUUUUUGAACAACCAUGGCUGGAUGUAGGGAUUAUUUAGUUGGAAUAUUAAUAUGUUGCUUAAUUGGUGCAAAAGCGGAACUAGAUAUAAACGAUCUCUUGAGUGGAAACGAAAUCGAUCUCGGCCCUAACGACUUUACGGUGAACAUUGGUUCGCUACCACAAAGCAAGCCGCAAAUGACCGCGGACGACGCCAAGGCCAGCUACAACGUUCGCAAGCUGCUGGAAGAUCUGCGGGACUCGUCUUCAACUGGAUUAUACGGAAUUCCACCUUUAGACCCAUAUACACACAGUAAAUUUCCGACACUCCCUAUCAGUGUACCUUACGUGAGUGGUACAGUUGAUGUUACGGAUGUGAAGCUUACUGGUCUUAGUGGUAUCAAAAUAGCGGUGCUAGAGGUUCACCUGGACUCUGUCAGAGCAGACUUGACCUUCACUGUGCCAUUGUUAAAAGGAGAAGUCAAUUUUAAUGCAGAGCUGCUACUGGGUGGCUUGUUUUCAAUGAGUAUAGAAGGAACAUUAAGAGCAGAACUAAAAAAUAUAAUGGUUGAAUGUUCAAUUGGUGGACACUUGAAUACAUCUAGUUCUGAACCAUUUUAUACGUUGUCGGCAUUGCAAGCACAUUAUCAUGCCGACCACAUGAAGGUUAGCAUUGAAGGCCUGGAUAUUGAUGAGGAUAUUGUGGAGGCAAUAGAGUCCUAUAAAUCAAAUAUCAAUUUAGGAGACCUAACAAAGACAGUCGACAGUUACGUGAGCAACCAGGUUCUGAGUCAAAUAAAUGAAAUUAUUCAAAAGUUUUCUGCUGAGCAAGUGAAAACAUAUUUGCUCGAUAUUUAAUUUAAAUAUACCUAAUUUUAAUUUACAAUAAAAACUUCAUCCUAUGUCAAU